UAUCUGCCAGGUAGUACAGGCUAUCAGAUUUUAAGCGAAGUAAUGUAUUGAAGUCAAGCAGAUGACGUGGCUGGUACGGGCGUGCGGUUUAAGAAUCGUGGGGUUCGGAACAACAGAGCAACGGUUAGAAAAGGUACAAACGAGCGCUUCCGGAUGUGAGAGCGGUAGUUCUUCCUCGGGGGUUCCUAACGGAAUGAGCGGCCAUGCCAACCACACCACACUAUCUAUGAGUGUAGCGCAGGGAUAGUGGUCAAGCAAGACCCUCAAGUUGUCACGUCUUGUCAGGGACGCGGGUUAGAAGAUAAUCAACGUUCAUAAGCCACGUCCUCUUGAGUCAAAAUAUGGCCAUUGCAUCACGUCACAACGACUCACAAUAAUAUGGAAUAAAAGUUCAGCAGCUCAACUUGUCACCAUCAUGACGAGCAGGGCACGCGUCCAGUGCCCCGAUGUUUUUAAACAAAGUUUCGGCUUCGAACCGACCACCAGAAAUAUUCAAGACUCACAUUGGAGCUCUCCGCUGGGAGGAUAUACAAUGGGCUGGGAGAACUACUGGCGUCUUGCAGAGGUUCACAUGACUUUGCACUCUCAAUUAAUAUUCACCACCCAACGGCCAACUAUACACACCCUCUCCCUCAAUCCCCCAAGUAAUGACUUGCUAGUAGCCCCACCCCACCAUCCAAUUCCUGCGUAUCCUAAUCUUGGAGCAUGGGCGAGCUCAGCGUUCAACACCCGAGGGGACGUCUUGCCAGAUGCAGGGGUUUUGGGCGCUGCUAUCGUGGCCCAUCUUGUGAGUAAGAGUAAACAAAAGCUUUGUCGGGAAAAGGGCGAUCAAAACUUUCAAAUCUCUGCACUGUAUCAGCGAACCAGCAACGGUGAUCAAAACGCUAGUAUUGUUAUGGGCUCGCAGAUAGAAUUCAAAGAUGAUCAGGGUAUGAUUAAAACUGUCAAAGCCAAGUUUCCUAGACAGGCUAGCUUAGAAAUCGUGGACCAGGAGGGAACUUUCUGGACCGGGAGUUGUCGAGAAAAGUAA